GUUACCGGUCUCACGCGCGUUCAAACAUUACAACAAGAUGGCUGCAGCUCCAUUGACACUUGAAGACGUAUCUGCGUUGCUUUUAAACGACGUAUACCAAGAGCAAUUCGACUUCAUUGAGCUUGUCCGCGAUGUCGUUGCCUCCAUCGAUGGUCAGACCCCGUACGGCACAAUACGAGCCAAGGUCGAGCUGCUUCUUGCACUUGUCGGUAGAGAUCUGCUGAAGCUUAACAGACUCGUCGAAGUCGUCAACGCCGAGAUUGCGAGUCGAUUGAGCUGGGUCGUAGCAAUAGGCAUAAAGUUCUACAGUGCACUAUUCAUCGCAAUCGAUCCAAAUCUGGAGCUCGAAGUCUUCAGCGAUAAAAGUAGCAUGGGUGCCGACAUCGCCGGCAAGUACAUUCUCGACGUUGCCGGCCAGUUCGCCGCCGAGUCAAAAUGGGGAUCUCAAUCUGUCAACGUACUGGAGUUCUCGCUCUGCCUUCUCAGAGCCUUUCCGAUCGGACAACGUGGAUUGGCGAUAGCGAAGAACCUGGGUUGCGGUUUAUUGGAGAAGAUGGCCACGUCUCCGUAUCUGCCUUUCCACAACAACUAUGACGCCUUCUCUACGUUCGCAUACAAGGUUAUCCCUCUGCUUGACACCGCAGAUGGGAGCUCGAAAUCCAGUCGCGUCACCAAUAUUCUACAGGCUUUGGAGUGGGAAGACUAUGAAAGGACGGAGGAGGCGAAGGCCGAACUGGAGCUCAUGUGUAACGAAUUGGGAAGGUCUGAUCUUUACCGGAAGCAAACAGAGUCUACUGCGGUCGAGCACGUGGACCCUGUUGCGGCUGAAGAUACAGACUCUAUUGAGUUCGAUUAUGUAUAUAACCAGGGUCGAUUCAGCCUCAUUCCGCUUGAGCAGCUUGAGCAGGAAAUCAAAACUAGCUGGAAGCUGUUUACCACAACACCGAAUUGGGAAUUGCCGACUAUCGAACGAUUGCUCAAGAGCAUCUCCGAGGCCAUGAGGAUUGACGCUCCAGCCUGGGUACAGACCAUUACACUCGACAUGAUAGAGGUCAUAAUGCAGUCAGAGCAUCUGUUCUUGCAUAAGAACUUGCAGAUAGUGGUCGGCUUUAUCCGUCCUGUUGCACCGGCGCUUGAAGUUAUGGCUGACACUAAUCAAUGUGAUCGAUUGAUGGCUCUACGACAUGAGCUCAGUAUCCACAGAUGUGUGCAGUCAGUACAGGAUCGCCAUGCCAUCGAGGUCCUUCGCCGAGGAGACCUGGGUAGAAUCGUGCGAUGCCCAACAACACAGCCCGCGGGCGAUAGGCUUCAGGAAGAUGAGCUUCAGGCAGCUAUCUCCAAGCUCGGUAUCGACUAAUAUCUUCGCACGGGAACGUGGUUUCGGAUUGCCCGGGCCGGUUUGUUCGACGUAUAGAGAAUUGGCAAGAAAAGGUGACAGGCGUGGUUGGCAAUGGUUAUCGCUGUGGACAAGAGAGAGUAUAUCUGGAGGGGCAGUUCUGUCGCGCUCCUGAUCGGGUCUUUUGCGAUGCCCAGUUCGCCAUGUGUAGAUGCUCUAUAUGCUCAUGUGCUUUGAACGUCUAGAAUCCGCCAAUUCGUGGAAUCUAAUCAAGUGGUUCUCCAUGUGCGCCAUUUAGGAACGUGCUUUAGUGAUCCAAAUUCCCAUUUCCCCUCACUGAGAAGUGCAAAAUUCCUGCACAUAAUGCGCAAAACCAGACCGGGCUGUAGUCGGGUGAAAGGCGCAUAAUGUUCUUG